CGCCACUGUUGUUGUUGGUGGUGGUUGUGCGCCACUGCUGCCCCCACAGCAGCAGCAGCGAGGGCGUCAUGGCGCCCCGCCCUGGUCAAUGGUCGAAGUUGUCCCUCGCCUCCCGCGGCUUUCGCGUUGGAGGGGUGGUGGCGGCUCACGUUCACUCGACCCCCUUCGUUACUUCGUUUCUGAGGGGAAACACGGCGAGGCGAGCCGAGAGCUGGGCCCCGCGUUGUGUGGAGUUUGUGCCCGUGAGGCGACGUGGGACAGCGCUCCCCCAGGGGGUUUCCUGCCGCGGUUCGUGGCGCCAAGCGGCGGCGGCGGCGGCGUUGAGGGUGAAGCGAGCGCCAUGGCAACCACCACGGCGCCCGCCUGUCGCUUGCUCCCCGCCGUGGUACAGCCAGACCGAUGAACCCCUGCCCAGCUGCCCUCCUCGCCGAGUCGCAAGUUCGUCGUCGCUGAACCUCGCCGCUCGUCGCCGACCAUGCUGGACGAAGGCCACGUGCGGCAGCUGUGCGAGGACCUCGGCAGGACCGACUACAGCAGGUGGGAGAGGAGGACUCCCUGCGGCUGUGGUCGUGGAGGGGCCCCCCAGCGUGGCCUGCGCACCCUGCCCCAUCUCCGCACGCGUCGGGCUCGCCCGAGCAGGGAGAGGGGCCCCAGCAAGGCGCCCGACUACCCCCUGGGUUGCCUGGCAGGGAGCUCGCGGGAAUUGAGCUCAACUCCUCGGCCAGCGGAACAUGGGCCUCAGAGCCCAUCCCUGGGUCCUGCGUGGCCCAGCCAGGCCCAGGUGCUGGGCGCUUCGUGUUCCGUGCUGUGCCGCCACCCAUGGGUGGAGCGUCCGCCGCCACCGCCACCACCGCCCCCCGACAUCCAGGCCCUGUGCAAGAAGAUGGCCGACGUGAAGGUGCUGGAGUAUCUGGCGGAGACCCGGCAGGCCGUCGUCGCAGAGCGCCGCCAACGCAUCCAGGCCCUGGAGGCCGCGAACGAGCGCCUGGCACAGGAGACCCGGGAGGCGGAGGAGGCGGCCUUCCGAGACGUCAACGCCACACUGGCCCAGCUCCAGAGACACCAGAAUGCGCAAGCCCUCCUCGAGGAUCUUCACGGGCGGCAGAUGUCGGAGGCCAUCGCUAACGAGCAGCGAAUUGAGGACGCAAUGCGACAGGACGUAGCUGAGCUGGAGCGGCGGGUGCAGCGGGCGGGGGUGCGGCUGGAGGAAGCACGAGCCAGGCUGCGCUCGCUGCGGGCGUACCACGGCAGGGACCGGCCCCUGCAGGCGGCGCGGCAGGCCCAGCUGCAGCGCCAGCUCCAAGCGCUUCAGCAGCGGCAGGAGGUGGAGGAGGCGGAGGCGCACCGGCAGGACGAGGAGCAGCUGGAGCGCAUCGCGGCUCAGGACGCCCUCGCCCAGGAGGCCCUGCUGCUCCGCGUCGCGCAGGAGCACCUGGAGGAUUUCCCCCAUGAUCUGCAGGCGAAGAGCUUCCAGAAUACGGGCUUAAGGAAGGAAAUUGAGAUCCAGGGGAAGGAGGUCGUCGCCCUGCGCCUGCGGAUCCCUGCCCUGCAGCGGGAGGUUCGCCAACUCUCGGCUCAGGCCAGGAAGCAGCUCCACUCGUCCCCCUGGCUCCUGCCGUCCAAUCGCGAACCAGCGCCCGACGAGGAAGCGGAGCUGGACAUCCCCCGAGAUGAGGAGCUACCUUUUUGAGGAAAAGCGAAGCUCCCUGCUCCUGAGCAUCCUCAUCAACAACUAAAGAACCUCAAGUGUACCUCUUUCAUGGGAGGGAAAGCCAGUAUGUGUGAGGUCAUAGAAAUAGGAAGGUAACUGCACCGUGAUUCAUCGGGUAAAAUCCAUUCUUAUGCUCACGAUAUUUGCAGUGAAUUUUGGAUACGAAUCAUGAAAACAUAAAAUUACCCAGGAAAGCCAGACUCUUCCUGCAUUGGGAUGGUUGUCCAAGACCAAUUACAGUACAUCAUUGUACUUUUUCGCGAAUAUUACAAGAAGCAGAACCGAGCGAGCUAAAUAGUCAAAACUAGACCCCAACAAAAUAGAUAUUCUUGAAGCGAACUGUGACGCCGAAUCGUGAUAAUUAAUUGAAUCGCUUUAGGGUGAAUUGUCACGUUCAUAGUAAACGAUCCUGUGUGCCAUUACAGCAUUUGUGCCAUUACAGCAUUUGUGCCAUUACAGCAUUCGUGCCACUCGCUUGUGGCAGGCGUAGGCGGUGGCGGAUCCAAUGAGGGUGCAAUGAGGUGAUGCCACUCCCUUCUUGAGACCCAGAAAACUGUUAUUCGUGAUAUUUACAAGUGUAGGUACAUUGUUAUUAUUAAUGUAGGACCCUCUGCAGAUAGCAGCCUUAGCGAGAGCUACUACUCCCCCAAAAUGGAACGCUGAUAAACAUUGUACUGAGGUCUAUUCAAGAUUCUGCCCACUGCUGCUUUGACCUCAAGCGCUGUGUGUGUGGAUGUGUGCUGCUGUGCCUUCAAGUUGCCAAUCCGAAGUAAAAGCGAUACAACCACUCCGGUAUUGUACCCUACUCGAAAUCUCAAGUAUUUUUCGUAUUAAUGCUAUAUAUGCGUAUAUUCUCAAAAUGUCGGCUUGGUUGAUAGAAAUUACGGUGUUUAUUAAACUGUGUAACUCUG